AUGGGGAAGGGACGAAGCAACAAGAGCAACAAGAAGGCAGCGGACAAUGUCGCAGACAAGGAAACGGCAGACGCACCUGACGUACCUGUGAAGGACCCUACUGCUGGGGGAAAAUCUCAAGCGAGCUCCUCCUCUGCUCCAGUGAUCGGACCAUUUGAAGCUCUGUCGGACCUGCAGCACAAGGCUGAUAAUGGCACGGACUCAGGGGUGAAGGACCAGGAUGAGGAGGGUGGAUUAUUGGACAACUCUCAGGACUCCGCGACGGAGGAUGGUUUACGUGAUGAGGCUACUACGGCAGAGAAGACACAUGAUGAUGAAGAUGCUCCGUCGAUGGCAUCUCCGGAUGAAGAGGACGAUGGCUACCUAAGUGAUGACUCCGAUGAACAUCUGGAACCUGACUCGCUUAACAGUGUUAUUGCCUUGAAGAGAUUCUCACUAACACUACUGGUGCCUUUCUCCAGGAAAGUUGAGGUUAAGCGUGCUGCUGUUACGGUCGCAGCAAUGCUGGAUGAAUGGAGGGAACACCUGACGCAGGAUGCGUUACUGACUACGACAUAUCAAGAUCUGACGGCGGUGUACUUUUCUGGAGAGCGUUAUGGUCGCCUGCAAGUCACUUUCAACCAAGUCCGCGACGCGAACUUCGUCUGGAAUCAAGUGAUUCGCCAUGAGUGUGUAAAUGGGGACUUCAUCGACCUCACCUGGCAACACCCUGAAGAUGCGCGCUUCUUGAGGGAGCGUGUGUUGAACCCAACGGCUAAGGAAGUGGUGGUUAAAGGCGUACCUGCAGACAUAACGGCGGAGCUGGUUCGCCGUCUCCUGGUGGUGUCGAAGCUGGUGAAGAGAGGCAGGAGUGCCUUCGCCAGCGGUUUCGGCUUUCAUCGGACGGUUGAUCCUGUGACGGGACUGGACACCGAUCGCAUCCGCGGCUUGCUCAUCCCUCAUGUGGACGACGAGUACCGCUGGAGGGACCCGGCUGUUAUUCUCACCUCCACCGGCGGUGCUCGGGAGGAAUGGGUCUGUGUCCAGACUGUGUGCGAAAAGGCUCAAGGGAACCGUUUCGAGCAGGCAUCUGCUCACAUCGCGUCUGCCCGCCACAAGGGAGGGUUGAAGAAGGAAGUCUCAGCAAACCGUGCCAGUGUGUUCUCGCAGAAGAUGCUCGCCUUCAAAAAGGAGUACACUGUGAAGCCGACGAAGUAA